AUGGCUGCGAAUGGGACUCCUGUUCCCUUUGAUGGUCGUUGCCAUGUUGUGCUAAAGGUUCGAACAAAGGAUUCACGUGGAGCUACCAAGAAUGGUGUCUGUAAGAUCCCUGUGAUGGUGGGUGACACUCCUUACAAUAUCCUGUCAACGCGAACUCUUGGAAGGCAUGGCUGGCGUGUUGUCUUGGAUGAAGGCGUUUCUGUGUGUCAUGUGAAGUCGGGUGUUGAUAUGAUUGAUACCUGUAUUUGGUGUGACACGCCUUGGAUCCGCGUGAUUCCUCAUUCAGAGGGUGAUCUCUUGUUGCCGUCGGGUGACUCAGUUGAUCCUGCUCCAAUUUCCUCGAUUGGACAUGUUGCAGUUGUUUCGCAGAAGACCAAGGAAGAUCUUGAAAUUCACAGAGCAAAGGGCCACAUGCCCUUCCAUCCCGAUUGCGAACAUUGUCUGAAGUCCCGAGGUGUUACCCAACACAGGCGAAAGUCUGAGCGCGGAGUUGAAACAGAGAUUGUUGCAGAUUUUAUGUUUCUGGACUCUUCUGGAGAGAUGAUCAGCGUGGCUGAGCGCCAGACAAGUAGCUCUUUCAAGGUCCUCGUCCUUCGUGAGGCCUUUUCUUCUUCUAUUGGGGCUGUGAUGAUAACUGAGAACAUUGCAAAAGACAGAGGUCUUCUUUUGAAGUGGCUUGCUGAGUUUGGGAUGUCGUCCUCACAAGCAAGCAUUGUGCUUUUGACAGAUUCCGAAGAAGCGGUGAAGUCGUUUGUUGCAGGUGCGUCGGAUAAGUACAUUUUUAUGGUGCGCAAGGCUGCGCCACAGGCUCAUGAACAGCUUGGUGGUGCGGAAAGGACAGUCCGGGUCCUUAAAGAAGGGCUAGCUACCUUGCAAAGUGAUUUUCAGUCGCUUGGUUGCGUUUGGUCGUUUCGGAGAGACUUGCUGCAGCUUGCACUUUCUUACCUGUGCAUGAGUGUGAAUGCGAAUGGCAAAGCUUUUGGCGGUGAACGCUCUCCAAAGGAGGUUGCAGUUGGUCGAAGGUUGCCAGAUACCCCUUUUGCGUUGUUUGGGUCCAAGGUGCUUGCUGAGGUCCCUGAGUCUGUGAAGGCUUUGUGCCCGAAUAUGUCGCGUUUUGAGGCGGCAGCGUUUCUUCAUCCGCAAUUUGGGUCGCUUGGGAGCUUGGUGUAUGCGCAUGUGCGUGUGGGCCAGGUCUUGACGCCAAAGGUGUUUGUUGCCAAGUCGAUCAAGCUUGUGUUUCCGAUUGAGCUUGUCUUCGAGUCGGGGAUGUUUGAAGUUUUGCGUCGUCGUGGUGAGCUUGGGCCUGAGAGGCCAGAUCAUCCAGUUGCGCCUCGGAUUCUUCCGAGUUCCCAGGGUGCCUCUUUGAAGUGUCCUGUUUCCGGUCCGCCAAAGGAGUUUUUUGAGAGGUAUGGGUUCUCAGGUGAGUGCCGAGCGUGUUCUAACAUGGCACAAUUUGGGUCUAGGAAGGGCUCUUCUCACGGUCGGGCUUGCUGUUUGAGAUAUGAAGCGUGGUUGCGGUCGCAAGUUGCAACAGAUGACAGCAUGGACGUUGAAGUGCCUGUGGCUUCGGAUGCAGAGGCUAUGCGUGAAGCUCUUUCUGAGCUAGCCGAGGAUGAGUCGAGGCAAGACCGAGCUGUGGAGGAGGCUCAGGGUUCUCCUUUGCCUCCCCCGGCCAGUGGGGACGCUGCUUCGUCUGAGGCUCCAGCGAGGAUUGUGAGCGAGGCGGCCCCUAGUGGUCGUGUUUUCACGCGUGGUUGUCCUGCGUGCGAGUCUGGCAUGAAUGCUCCUGGCAUUCGUCACAAUGCUGAUUGCAAGCGAAGGAACCAAAAUCUGAGUGUUAGAUUUUCUGUUUCUGGGGAGCCCGAUGAUGACGAAGCUUCAUCCAGGCGUCUGCCUGAAAAUCUUGAAGGAGCUGCUGCUCCUGAGUCUGAGGGCAUUGGGGCUCUUGAUGAGGACACUGAGAUGCCGUUUGCCGAUCCAGUGUUGACUGGAAGUGAAGGCGGAGGCAGCCUAGAGGCUGAAGAAGUGCUUCGUGGAAGCAGUGCUGUGAAACGCUCCUCUGAAGUCCCGUUGGAAGAUCUGGAGCGUGAGAUCAGGCAGGACCAAGAAAGGGUUGCUUCACUUAUGGUUACCUUCCACAAUUGUGAAACAGGGAAUGAUGUUCACAUGCCUCUUGCGAGUUUUGUUGAGCAGGCGUUCCAGGUUUCCAAUUAUGUCCCUUUGCUUUCAGGGCUUGUGGAUUCGGUUCAGUUCGCCCCGAACUCUACGAGUGUUGUUUUGCCGUUUGGGAAAAGGUCGCAUUUGAGACUUUGGAAGCCUAGUUCCGCUGUUGAUGACUCUACCUUGGGUGAGCUUUCAGGAGAUCAGGUCAUGGAAGGCAUGGUCAAAGAAGUCAACAAUUUGAGUCACAUGGAAACUGGGGAUCUGUUGACUGCUUCAGAACUUCAGAGUCUUGAGAAGAGGUUCCUAGGUACCUUGAAGGUCAUCCCUAGUCGUUGGGUCACGACGCAGAAAACACCAACUACUGUGCGAGCUAGGAUUGUCAUCAAGGAUAUUGCUGGCAAGAACUCAGAGUCUGCAAGGGCUUUGGGCAUUUCAAGUCCUACUCCUAGUGCCGAUGCUUUGUUCACGGUUCUUGGGGUUGCAGGUUGCAGAGAUUGCGUGAUUGCGAGCGCUGAUGUAUCUCACGCUUUCAUGGCUACGCCUUUGAGGGAAAGGGAUGUGGUUAUGAGGUUUCCUCUGUCAGUGUCUUCGGUUUCGGGGGAUCCUUUGUAUCUUCACCUCAACAAAGCCCUCAAUGGGCUACGCAAGGCUUCGCAAGAAUGGAUUUACUUCGUAGGGGAGACUGUGAAGGUUUUGGGGCUUCAAAGUUGCAGCUUAGAGCCGUGUCUGUUUUCAGGCAUGCUUGAGUCAGGUCCCUGUUUGCUGUUGGUCUAUGUGGAUGAUUUUCUGUGCAUUGCGCCAACAAAGGAGGAUGUAGAUCACAUCUUUGGAGUGAUUGAGGAGAAAGUUGAACUCAAGAGAACCGGGUUGAUCAAUUCUUCCAAGGAUGGCGGUGGCACUUUGCGGUUCAUUGGUAGGGUUAUCUCCAGGAGAAAGGGGGAGUCCUCUAUCACAGUGUCUUUGCCAGAAGAUUAUUUGGAUGAGACCUUCAAGGCUUAUGGUCUUUCGGGAAAAGGUUCCUCAAGUCCCCCAGAUGUAGCGGUUCAUGUUGAGAAGCUCGAUGGGGUUCCAUUGUCUCCUGAGGCGUAUGCCAGGUUCAGGUCUGCGUUGGGGAAAGUAGCUUGGAUGACGCAGACUCGUCAGGACUUGCGUGCUUAUGUGUCAAUCUUGGCAACGCAGCAAGCCACACCCACGAAUCAUACUGAGCAUGGUCUCCGAGCCUUGCUUCGAUUUCUGAAGAACGACAUGUGCGUGGUUGUGCGGUUGCCUGCUGCGAGUGAUGUGUUGGCUCCCUCGCAACACUACCAAGGAAAGAGGCACCUUGUGUGUUUCUCUGACGCAUCGCAUGCGCCUUUGAGGUGCACGAAGCGCCGUGGAAUCAGUGGAGGAGUGUUGACACUUGAUGGCUGCGUGAUAAAGACUUUGUGUCGUCACCAACAGCUUGUGUCGCUGUCGUCUAUGGAGUCAGAGCUGUUUGCGUUGCAGUCGGUUGCUCAAGAAAUGUCGAGUCUUGGAAAGUUCAUGGCAAGGGUCUUCAUGUCGUUUCGAGAAAGCGAGGAAGUUGAAUUGCCUGGGGUACUUUACAGUGACUCAGAAAGCGCUUUGAAGCUUCUUCGCAAUUUGGACACACCCAGGCAAAGCAGACAUCUUGAGAUAAGAGUCGAGUGGCUUAAAGCUCGUGUCGCAGCGGGUUCUUUGGUCCUUGCGUUUAAGAAGGGAAUCGAAAAUCCGUCAGACCUCUUGACUAAGUGUUUGGGGUCCUCGGCUUUCGGGAUACAUCGCGAAGCGUUGGGCUUUGAGUCGCUGUCGGGACCACUUGCGUCUUUGUGCAAUCAUGAGAAGAGAUUGGUGAUGGUUGAAGUGUGCUGUCGACCGCAGUCGAGUGUUCAAGGUGCAUGUCGCAGAGUCGGGAUGAGUUACGUUGGCGUGACUGAGAACAUGCAGAGUGACAGCGUGUUCAAAGAGGUGCGUCGAUAUCUUCUGAACUUUGCGUGUGACUGCGUGUUUGUGCAUGUGUCCACGCCUUGCUCUUCUGGAUCUUACUUGCGUCGGUUCUCUGGCGGGAGCUCGUCGAAGUCGGAUUGGGAAUGGUUUGAGGUGUUUCCUUGUGUGUUGAAGUACUUGAAGCUUGGGAAGCACUCGAGCUUUGAGCUGCCAUGGAACAAUGAGAUUUGGCAACAUGACUUGUGCCAGAAGGUGCUGAAGAAAGCAGGCCACACGUUCGAUGUGCCGGUGCGAACUCGUGCUGCCAUGGUUCUCACGACCGAUGAGCGCAGGGAGCUGCGCCGUUUGCUGGAUAAGAUGGAUUCUGCAGAUGGCUUGGCUUCGACUGCCAAUACUUCUAUGACCGAUGGGACCAAGCGUCUCAGAGAUGUGGGUGGAUAUCCAGAGGAUGGGUCUACUGCAUCAGGUUCUGCUUGCGGUGCCCAGCUGCCGAUUUCAAAGGGAAGCGCAAAGGGUGUCGUGAGCACGCCCAAGUGUUAUGAAGACCUCGUCGAUGCCUUCGAGGGGGAAGAGUUUGGGGAGAGUGACAAUGUGAUUGUCGUGAGCUAUGCGGGUACUGAGGUCACCUCGGUGCCACUUCCGAGUGAUCUCUCCGUGGAGGAUUGGGGUCGAACAAUCUGCGAUCUGCCAAAGGUCCAGAAGAAUAAGACUUGGUUUAAGAAGUCCUAUGCGGCCUUGGUCAAGCUAUCCAAGGAGGAUAGCGACCUUGCAAGCUAUCUCAAUUGGGUCAAGGAGAAAUUUGGUCGCAGUUACGAUCCGACGACCCCAUCCAGUCAAGCCUCGGACCUUGCGGGGUAUUUGAUGAGGCAGGUCACUUUCAACGACGAGGCUGAGGUUGGCGACUUCUUCCCAGACGACACGCCCACUCCUCGCCCAACGAAGGCCCAGGAUGAUCGCUCCAAGCGCAACACCCGCAUCCUUAAGUCCCUUCGGAAGGUGUGGGCUGAUCUCCCGGACGAGGCCAGAACCCAGCUCAGCGAUGCUGGUUUUGAGGCCCCUCAGACCUCUGAUGUUGAUAUGGAGCCAGACCUCCUUGCCUUACUCCAGAACAACGUGGAGCGGCUCCCGGAGUGCAUCCGCCAGGCUUUGCCUCCACCCCCUCCUGAGCCCACCCCCGACCCUCUCAAGGAAGGCCGUGAGUCGGGUAAUGCUCUCCGUCGUUCCAUCUUGAAGCUCAAGCAGUUGGGACAGGAAAAGCUCAGGCUCCAGGAGGAGAUCAACAAGACCAAGACUAAGCUCCAUGACCUUCUCCGCGGCAUGCAGGAGCUUCAGGAGGCCAUCUCUGAGGCAACCGAUGUGGCCAGGAAGUGCUCUGACACCUAUGAGAGAGGAGUCCUUCUGCACGCCCUCACGGAGGACCAAAAGGCCAACCUCAAUGCCCUUCGUGAUGGACAGGCCAAUGGUGAUCUUACAGAGGAGGCCCAGGACGGAUCUGCCGAGAACCCUGGGGCUCGCCAGGUCGGCCUUACCACCCCGACGAAGACCCGGAGCCGCUCACCUUCCCGAGUGCCCUCGGCCUCUGACGCUGCCAAGGUUCCCUCCCGCAUACCUCCUCCCCUCGGCUUAGCCGUUUUGGAGCCUGAGGUUUCGGGCAGGUCCUUUUCCAUUCCGCCGUCGGGCCAACUGCCCGUGGCUCAACUCCUUCCGAGCGAGGGGUUCCACGCUCUUCUCGACGGCAGCCCCGGAUUCUUCCUCUUGAGUCCUUGGUGGCCUCCCUCUCUUCUCACAGGGCCGGUUUACUUCCCACAGGCUUUCGCCUCGGACCCCGACCCUGCCUCGACCUGGUGCCCUAACUUGGCCCAGCCCUCCGGCCCAUCGAGCCGUCGAGGUGCCAGGCGCGACAGACGGUCCAAGCACCGGCGCCACCGGCUCCACAUGCCGGGCCUUUUCACCCAGCUCCAGGUCGAGAUGUGCGACCAGGCCCUGAACCCUGGCUCCUCGGUUGAGCGCGACCUUGUUGAGUUUGCUUCUAAGGUCGAGGAUGCUAUUUCGCCGGGUUCUUCCGAGGAGUGGUUUUUGGAACGUGCCCUUGAUGCCAUCCAUGAUGACACACCCUCCCCUGCCAAGUGGCACCUCCUCAAGCAAAUGGCUCAGGUUCUCUCGAUGCAACAUAAUACUCCCCACAGCCCCGCUUCCUUCAGGCUCCUGUCUGCCAAUGUUACUCACUGGAGGCCAGAGGUUAGGGAUUGGGCCUUCUCUUCUGAAGGCCAUGGGGUUCUGCUUCAGGAGCUUCACCUCACCACGGAGGCUGCUCAUGAGGCUGCGAUUGCCGCCUCUAAAAGAGGGUUUCGCCUCUUUUCCUCGCCUCCCUUCCUGAGUGAUAAGAGGCGCCCCUUGGGAGGUUUCGGUGUCCUCAUCCGCUCCUUCCUUAACCCUCGUCAUGUCCUCACCCACACCGUUGAGGGUUGUGGUUUCCUGGCAGUUUCGCUUCGGUGUUCCGGUUUCGAACUGACCCUGGUUUCCAUUUACCUCCAGUCCGGUACUGGCUUUAACUCUCCGGUCAACGCCGAUGUCCUAGCUCGCCUCUUAGCCUUUCUUCCUUCCCUCCGGGGUGUGUGGAUUGUCGCGGGUGACUGGAACAACCCCAUACAAGAUCUCCUCGCCACACGGCUUGAGGAAGUUUCCCAUGGGCGUUUCCUGGGUUCCGGUUCCCCCACCGCUGCAACCGACCGGGAAAUUGACUUCUUCCUUGUCUCGUCUCCGGCUGUUAAUCUUCUUGGCCUCACUUCCACCGACAAGCUCACUCUCGACUUCGCCGAGCUGAGCUCCUUCCUUGAGGUCUCUCACGGGUUCCCCGACCGAGGGCGUGGGGCUUUCGUCCCCCUUCUUCACAAGCCCCUCGUCCAGGGCCACUCUGUCACUUUUGCCUGGAAAGGCCAGCUCCCCUCCUUGGUGUCAGCCGUGCUUCACCUGCUCGACCGGCCCGAAGCUGUGCAGCCCUUCUUGUGGUCCACUUCGGACACUUCCCUUCCCUCGGAGGUCCGCGCCUUUUGUGACCGGGUGCGCGACGGCUCUGCUUCUUCCGCCACCCUCCGCGCCGAAGGCACCGCCCUCCUUGGCCAACUCCGGCGCGAACAAACUGCCCAGCAGGCUGACCAGUACGGCGAGUGGCUUGAGGCAGCUUCGGGUUCACACCUGGGGCCGCUCUUUCGUGCCAUCAAGUCCCAUGAGCAGGUGCUUGACCGACCCUUUCAAGACUGCGAUGGACUCCGCCGUGUCUUUGAGAGGCACGAGCAUUGGGCCCGCGUUUGGCAUGCCUCGGUUUUCCCCCAGCACUUUUCUCACCCUCUCCUCGCGGAGCUCCGCUCGAGGGCCGUCUCCCAUGCUGGCACCCUGGCUCCCCUGACUGUCCCCAACCUUCAAAAGCUUCUUAAGAAAGCGGGGAAAAAGAAAGGGGGCCCAGACGGUUGGAGCUACCCAGCCCUCCGUGCACUCGACCCGGCGGCUCUUCAGCUCGUAGCCGACUUCCUCGCCCGUGCCGAGGCUGAGGUCCUUCUGCCCUUCCAGCUCACUUGUGUUCAGGUCGCUCUUCUCCCGAAGUCGGCCGACAAGGUGGAAGGACGUCGCGGCGCCUGGACGUCGGCUUACGCCCCCGCCCACCCGUGGGACCGAGCGGUUCCGGGCCAGGCCAGCCUUGACACGGCGUUGGCCCGCCUUGUCAGGUCAGAGCAUUCGAAGCUCGAGAAGACUCACAUCGUGAGUCUCUUCCUCGACUUGCGAGGUUUCUUCGACUCUGUGAGCUAUGAGCGCCUUCUCCUCCAAGGGCUCGCUCACAGUUUCCCUCCUCUUCACCUCUGGUUCGCCCUCCAGGUCUACCAGGGUCCUCGCUGUCUCGUGGCCGACUCGAUCGCUGCCACACCGCUCUUUCCUGGCCGGGGCGUACCCCAGGGCUGCCCCCUCGCUCCCUCGCUUUCCAAACUUACCAUGUCUGAGCCACUCCAGAAGGUUUCCUCCCUUCCCUCCGUCACCAACACAGACUUAUGGUUGGACGACGUGAGUUUAGACGUGGUGGGUUCUGACCCUGUCGAGGUCGCUUCCGCAGCGCUUCAGGCCUACCGGGUUCUUCACGCCUCCCUCGGCCUUGAGGGCCUAGAGGUUGAGACAACAAAGACCAAGUUCGUUGCCGGUACGGUCCGCGCUCGCGCCGCGCUUCAGCAGCUGCGACGCCCGGGCGAACCCGACACCGCUGACCUUGUCAAGGACCUAGGUCUUGACUGCGCUGCAGGCCGGCGGCGGCGCAUCACCACCGCCCAAAAGCGCUUUCGCACAGGCAUCGGUCGUGUCCGCCACAUGCGCCGCCUCCGCAUCCGCCGCAGGUGGGUUCGUGGCCGGCUGCUCCAAGCCUCCGCCCUCAAGGCUGGUCUUUAUGGCCACCAGGCCGUUGGGGUUGCCCCUAAGCGCCUUAAGGUUUUACGCUCCGCGGUUGCGCGCGAAGCUGGCCGUUUUGAGCACGGCUCCGCCGACGUGAUUCUCGACCUCAUGUCCCACAGGGCCGUUGACCCACACCAGCUUGUGGUAGUGGAACAGCUUCAGGCUCUUGGGCGACUUGCCUCCAGCGCCUCACCCGAAACCUUGCGGUUACUCACCCGCACUUGGGCCUCCUCCUGGUCCAGACAGGCCUCUGCCACCCAUGGGUGGAAAAUCGUGAACGGUCCCGUGUCCGCGCUCAUCCAGUACUUGCUGGACCUGCGGGUGUCUGCCCCUACCCCUGAAGUCUGGACACACCGCGAGGCUACCUUUCACUUCCGCUUCCGCGAGCCAGGAGCGGUUUUCGAGGCCUCCGCUUUCCUUCGCCAGGUCAUUCAGCUCGAGCGCUGGUCCCGUAUUGGCGCCGUCUCCACUGCCGCUGGUGCCGCCCUUGGCAUCGAUUGGACCGUGCCGCGCCGCCUCUUAGCCAGUUCUCGGACGAAGCCCUGGCGGCACGGCCUUAGGGCCGUCUUUCAAGGCGCCCUCCUCCACUCGGGCAACGGAGGGAAGGAACGGUGCAAGUUCUGUGGAGCACCCAACACUCUGCACCACGUGAGAAAGUCCCGGGCUGAGGUCCGCCGCACUGGUCUCUUCCUCGAAGGCACCCCGGACUUAACUGGGCUUUUCGUUGCUACCGACGCUUCCGGUGGCCCUGCCACCAAAGACAGCGAGAGUGAGGCUAUCGCCCAGGCCCUCCUUUCCUCUCGAGGCACUUUCGACCUCACCUGUGACUGCCAGCCUGCUCUCCGGAGCCUACAAGGCCCCUUUACCAAGCGCACCUCGCUUGUGUGGUCUAAGGCGUGGGACCAAAGGCACAGAGCCGAGCCCCACUGGGUCCGCUCCCACCUCAACUCCUCGGACUUUUGUCUUGAGUUUGGUGCAGAUGCUUUGUGGCGCCGCGAGCUCAACUCCCUGGCAGAUAAGCUCGCUAAAGACCGCGCUGAGGAAGUCCAGACUCCUCACCGCCUUGCCGCCCAAAAGGAGGUUGACCGGGUCACCUCCCUCGUCUGCGAGUACUUGGGCCGUCGCGCCGCUGCAAUUCUUGCCAAGGCCGAGAAAGAAGACUUUGUCCCGCGGAAGAAUCGCCUUCUCUCCGCCCUUGAGUCCUCCGCUUCCCCCUCGCCCAACAAGAGGCAGAGGUUGCAAGCUCUUCUCGACGUUGACACACCGGACACCUUUGAGCGCCUCAUUUCCUUCCCGGGCCGUCCUGGAAGUGCAGCCAAUGCCACGGUUUUCCCUCCUGCCUCUGCUGCUGCCCCGGUGGUUCCCCCUGCCCCGGCUCUAAAGGCCUCUCGGCCCGCUCUGCCCGUCGAGCCAUUCCCUCGCCUUCGGCUGAGGGCCCCUCUUCGGCAGCCGGACGUGGGUCCUGCCUCCUCGGCCCUAGCAAAGGCUCCCCUCCCAGGCCCCCCUGAACAGGGCACCCCUGCCUCCAAAGCCACCGGCUCUUCGGAGACCCCUGGGGUCAAGCCCUCGCCUCCGGCUGAGGUUGCAGCCUCUCCUUCAGUUGGCCAUGAACCACAGGCUACCGCCCGGCCUUUCUCUGGCCCUCCUGGCACUUCGUCAAGGAAGGGUGAGCCUCCCUUUUCCACACCCCGUGGCCCGGGUAAAGGGGCCACAAUCGUCAACGCUGCAUCGGCAGUUGCAGCCUCCACCGCUGUCUCGACAGCUGGAAGUGGUCCUCUUGAGACCCUCGCCUCCUUGGCUGAGGUCCCGGGUCUCUCCACGUCCCCGCCGGACCCUGCAGAGCCAGGUCUUGAAGGCCUCGCUUCUGUUGCCGAGCAGAGGAAGCCCAGCCCUAGCUUCCCGAACCCCUCAGGGGUCUCGGGCGACGAAGCUACGGACUCUCCAAGCCCUUCUCCUCGCCGGCCGGCUAGAGGUCCGGCUCCAGCUGAGGCACGUGAGGAGCCGGCCCACGUGCAGGUCUUCAGCGAGAACUUCCUCCGCUGUUUUGCAUGCGGGGUCACUACCUCCAAUCAACAACUGAUGGAGGCCCACGCCAUGACGGCGAGGCACGUCCGCCUCACCACGGCCUAUGUGGCCAAGCGAAGGCGUGAGCUGGCAGCGGCAAAGGCUGCCCAGCCUCCUGUGUCGUAG